AGCUAGGUGAGCCAAAACCCAAAAAUUGGGUUCUCCUCAAAAUUUUGUUCUCUCCUCUCCGAAAAAUGGUUCUUCCUUUCUAAUUUGCCAAAGCCCACUUCUCUCAUUCUUCAUCCUUCAUUCGCAUCUUUCGGUAGAUUCGAGCCAACGUUCAAAAUUUUGCAAUUACUCACCAGUCACCUCCUUAUGAACAGAUUAAUGAAAACUCUCCCUAAUCAUGAUCAUAACUAAACCCAUAUAUAAAUAAAAAAGAAUAAAGAAGCUUGAUGCUUUUCAAUUUGUCCCUAAAUUGCAAUUUACAGAGGCAGACAAACAUGUCCGAGAAUAUUGACUUCAACAACCCCUCGCUUUCCUUCUCUCUCUGCUUUUUCUGAUAGGUAUGGGGAGUUUUGACAUCCGGGAAAUAUCAUGGUGCAGUGCCUAGACGGAUUAAAGCAUUUGUGUGCUGGUCUGGUAAAUUGUUGUGAUUCUGAUUCAUCAAAGCAACCCAGAGGCUUAGAAAAUCCAGAAGUUCUUGCAAGAGAGACAGUGUUUAGUGUAAGUGAGAUAGAAGCACUUUAUGAACUGUUCAAGAAGAUCAGCAGUGCGGUGAUUGAUGAUGGAUUAAUUAAUAAGGAAGAAUUUCAGUUGGCACUAUUUAAGACAAACAAGAAGGAGAGCUUGUUUGCAGAUAGGGUGUUUGACUUGUUUGACACCAAGCACAAUGGGAUACUUGAUUUUGACGAGUUUGCACGAGCUCUCUCUGUCUUUCAUCCCAAUGCUCCAAUUGAUGAUAAAAUUGAGUUUUCAUUUCAAUUGUAUGAUCUCAAACAGCAAGGAUUUAUUGAGAGACAAGAGGUAAAACAAAUGGUGGUGGCCACUCUUGCUGAAUCUGGUAUGAAUCUCUCGGAUGAUGUGAUUGAAAGUAUCAUUGACAAGACAUUCGAGGAAGCUGACACAAAACAUGAUGGGAAGAUUGACAAGGAAGAAUGGCGAAACCUUGUAUUGCGGCAUCCAUCUCUUCUGAAAAAUAUGACUCUUCAGUACCUUAAAGACAUCACCACCACAUUUCCCAGUUUUGUGUUUCACUCUCAAGUCGAUGACACUUGAGGCAACUAUAUCCAUGCCAGUAUCAGUGGGGUUGACUGGGAAUGGCUUUGCUUCGAUUUGGUGCUCUGAAGGAUUAUUUGGAAGCGUAUGGAUUGAUUUGGAGGUUGUUUAUAUUUCCAUUAUGAGUAGAAAGAAAGAACCUUAGAUUGAACAAAUGGGUUUGCUUAAUUAUUUGUUUCAAUUGAGAAUAAAAGGGGAACAGAAUAGAACAUUAAGGUGUUUAAAGCAGCACCUUGGAAUUUUGGUGAGAAAUAUGUUGCCAUUAAGUGGUGUGCAAAGGCUCCAGAAGACUAUGAAGAUGUGUUUAAACAGACGCAUAUGGACAUGCAACAUGCAACAUGCAACAUGCCCAUCGUUAAGAGCUGCUUCACAGUACACACUUGAUUGAGAUUACAUUACAUGGCAUGUUAAUUCUCAUAGCCAAAACCAACCAUGCCUUCCACCCGUCCCUGAAGAUUUUAAAAACAGAAAAAAUUGUUCCUUCUAUCACUUUUCUUUCGCUUUUU